GAGAGAUGGUACAGGCCCCUGUUGCAGGAGUAGUCGACACCGUCCCGGCGGCUCCCAGGAAGCGGCGGCGAAGGAGGCGGCGAAGGAGGAGGCCGCAGACUCUGCCGGGAGGCCUCGACGCCGGCGCCUUCACGCGGAGAAGGAGCAGCCCAGGCCCGGGGGCGUCGCCCGAAGACGGCGAGCGAGCAAGGAAGGGGGAAGGCGGCGGAGGCGCCCCGAGAGUGACGUGCGCGCCAGGCCGGGCCCUCUCCUCCUCCUCCUCUUCCUCCUCAAGGCGGCCUUCCUCGCUCACUUCUUCCUUUUUUUGAAAAACAAACCUCAUAAUUUCCUCCUUCGCGUCACUGGGCCUUGCUGAGAGAAUAUGAAACAGGAGUCAAAAUGACAUCCAGGUUUGGGAAGACAUACAGCAGGAAAGGGGGCAAUGGCAGUUCAAAGUUUGAUGAAGUUUUUUCCAACAAACGGACCACUCUUAGUACAAAAUGGGGAGAAACGACCUUUAUGGCCAAGCUAGGACAGAAGAGGCCCAACAUCAAGCCAGACAUUUCUGAAGUUCCUAAAAAACCCAAAUUAGAAGAGGAAAUAAUAGAAGAUCCAUUUGGAUUUGACAGCGAUGAAGAAUCUCUGCCAGUAUCUUCAAAGAAUGUGUCACAAGCUAAAGGAUCCUCUCAGUUGGAGUCUGUUGAAGCAUCUCACUCUGGAGACUUCACUUCUGCACUUGAAUCUAAUAGCAAAAUUAUUCAGCCAAUCAAUGAAGAUGUGUUGUCUAUCAAAUGUGUGUCUUUGGGUAAUAUAGUACACAGCUUCAAAGAGAAGAACUCGAAUAGAAAAAUGGAUGAUGGUGAAAUCAAAAGCAGCAGUGCUUUUCCUGUAAUUGCAGAUACAGUGCAAAAUUUUACUGAAGAUAAUGAGAACAGUCACUUCAUCUACAAGAAUGCUGAUGACAAUAAUACAAUUAAUGCUGGAAUAGCAGAAAUCUCUGGGUACAAUUUUGAAGUUAAGGAAUCUCAUGUUUCUUGGGACUCCCAUAUUGGGAAGAAAGACUCACUAUCAGAAGCAUCACAUACUAAAGAAUCAUUCGUAGCUGGCUUAUAUGGAUGGGAAGAUGAAAAUGAUGAUACCCGGAGAGGAGAAUAUUUACUAGGUUUUGAUGAUGAACCACUUUCAGAAGUAAAAAACAAGGAUGAAGAUCUAGUCAAAGAAAUUGAGACUCCAAAGGAAACCAUUAGUGAAGAAGUGAUGCAAACUGUUCUCAGGUCAAGUAAUUGUCGGACAUACUGUAGAUCAAACAAAAAAUCACAGGGAAUGACAAAUUUUGAUAAGCUACUGGAUGGCACUCUUCAGCCUCUAGCCAAAGCAAACAGUGAUUCAAAUACUGAUGGCGUGAACCCAGUAAGAAAAGUUGCUUUAAGUAGCGGGACCAGUUUUAGAGGGACAGUUGGAAGGACUAGAGAUUACACUGUUCUUCACCCAUCAUGCUUAUCUGUUUGUAAUGUUACAAUACAAGAUACAAUGGAUCGUAUUGAUGAAUUUGCCACAGCUGCACCUACUGAUCUGGGAGAAGCAGGACGUCUCAGAAAGAAAGCUGACAUGGCAACAACCAAGACAACAACUAGAUUUCGACCUAGCAAUACCAAAUCCAAAAAAGAUGUCAAAUUGGAAUUCUUUGGGUUUGAUGACAAUGAUGAAGGAGGGGGUGGUGAAGGUGGAUCUAGAACCUCUGGAAGUUCAAACUAUAAAAUUAAGUAUUUUGGUUUUGAUGAUUUAAGUGAAAGUGAGGAUGAUGAUGAUGAAGACCGGCAAAUAGAAAGGAAAGUUAAUAAGAAAAGAAGCAGAAUAGCACCACCCUCAUCUUCACUUCAGUCCAGUUCUGAUGGAAGUGAGAACUAUUCACAAGACAGCCAAUCAAGCAGUAAUCCAGAGCUACUGGACUUCCCAGAAGAUCCAUCUAGUGUUCCUGAAAGCAAUAAGAAAUCCACAAAUUCUCAAGGUGAUAAAUCUAAGGAAAACACACGAAAAAUAUUUAGUGGACCAAAGAGGUCGCCAACAAAGGCUGUGUACAAUGCUAGACAUUGGAAUCAGCCAGAAUCCGAAACUCUUCCAGCAGCACAAGUGUUGAAAACUCCAGCUGUCCCAGUAAGGUUGUCUUCUAAAGAGGCAAUUCACAAAGAUGAUGGAGUGUUUAAAGCUCCAGCACCACCUCCCAAAGUGAUAAAAACUGUGACUUUACCCACUCAACCCUAUCAAGAGAUAGUAACUGCCUUGAAAUGCAGGAAAGAAGACAAAGAAUUAUACACUGUUGUUCAACAUGUGAAGCACUUCAAUGACGUAGUAGAAUUUGGAGAGAACCAAGAAUUCACAGAUGAUAUUGAAUACUUGUUAAGUGGACUGAAGAGCAAUCAGCCCCUAAACACCCGUUGCCUUAGUGUUAUCAGCCUGGCGACAAAGUGCGCCAUGCCCAGCUUCCGGAUGCAUUUGAGAGCACAUGGAAUGGUAGCUAUGGUUUUCAAAACUCUGGAUGACUCACAGCAUCAUCAGAACUUGUCACUAUGUACAGCAGCUUUAAUGUACAUCUUGAGUAGAGAUCGCUUGAACAUGGAUCUAGAUAGAGCCAGCUUAGAUCUAAUGAUCCGUCUUCUGGAACUAGAGCAAGACUCUUCAUCCAGGUUGUUCAACGAAAAGGACAUGAACAAAAUUAAAGAAAAAAUCAGAAGACUCUGUGAAACUGUUCACAAUAAACACCUUGAUCUAGAAAAUAUAACGACUGGUCAUCUAGCAAUGGAGACGCUGCUCUCUCUUACUUCAAAACGGGCAGGAGACUGGUUUAAAGAAGAGCUACGACUUCUUGGUGGUCUUGAUCAUAUUGUAGAUAAAGUUAAAGAAUGUGUGGAUCACUUGAGCAGUGAUGAAAAUGAAGAGAAAUUGGUUGCUUCAUUAUGGGGAGCAGAAAGAUGUUUACGGGUUUUAGAAAGUGUAACAGUUCAUAAUCCAGAGAAUCAAAGUUACUUGAUAGCGUAUAAGGAUUCACAGCUCAUAGUCUCUUCAGCUAAAGCAUUGCAGCAUUGUGAGGAGCUGAUCCAGAGAUACAACCGUGCUGAAGACACCAUCUGUCUUCCGGACAGUAAGCCGCUGCCUCUCCAGAAUGUAACAAAUCAUGUGGGUAAGGCAGUGGAAGACUGUAUGAGAGCUAUCAUUGGCGUCUUACUCAAUUUAACAAACGAUAAUGAGUGGGGUAGCACUAAAACUGGUGAGCAAGAUGGCCUUAUCAGCACAGCUCUCAAUUGUGUACUUCAGGUUCCAAAGUUCCUACCUCAAGAACAGAGAUUUGACAUUCGGGUUCUGGGUUUGGGCCUCCUGAUCAAUCUGGUAGAAUACAGUGCAAGAAAUAGACACUGUCUUGUCAAUAUGGAAACAUCAUGUUCCUUUGAUUCAUUCUGUUUGGGAGAAGCCGAAGAUAGCAUAUUCAUUUCUGGACAGAUGGCUGCUGUUCAAGCUUUGGUACAGUUGUUCCUGGAGCGCGAGCGAGCAGCCCAGCUGGCAGAGAGCCAGACGGAUGAGCUGAUUAAAGAAGUCCCGACAGCACAACACGACAAGAGUGGGGAGUGGCAGGAGACCAGUGGAGAAAUCCAGUGGGUCUCGACGGAAAAGCCAGAGAAUGCAGAGGAAAAAGAGAAGAAAGAAGAAGAAGAAGAGGAGCUUGAUCUGAAUAAAGCCCUUCAACAUGCUGGGAAACACAUGGAAGAUUGCAUUGUAGCCUCAUACACAGCAUUGCUUCUGGGAUGCCUCUGCCAGGAGAGUCCAAUCAAUGUGACUUCAGUGAGGACAUACUUACCAGAAGGGGACUUUUCAAUUAUGACAGAAAUGCUCAAAAAGUUUCUCAGUUUUAUGAACCUUACUUGUGCUGUUGGAACAACAGGCCAGAAGUCUAUCUCGAGAGUGAUUGACUACUUGGAACACUGCUAGAUACACGAGUCCUGCAACUGGCCCUUGGAUGCUGGAGCUCGACCCUUUAGAUAAAGAAAGACGUUGUUGAGGAAGCACCGGGAGCAUUUAUCGGUCUCAUUCGUGUUUGGAUUUUUCAGGCGACCUGGUCUCUUAACUGUACACUCAGCAUGUUAUGAAAGACAAGUUACCACACCAAUCUGCAACUAUCAAAAAUGAGGGGAGGGGAAACACCUGAGGAAAGUAGAGCAAGAAUUUAUGAUGCUUAUAAUAAUGCAGUGCAGUAUUUAAAAUACGUUUGUCAGGGGUUACUCUCCAUCUUUAUUUUUCUGGCUUUGUUUGGGACAACUUUAAUGGGGACACACUUUGCUGCUGGUAGUGCAACUGCUGUUAUACUGUUGAGCCACUGUUUUUCAUGCCAGCCAGGUGCAAAGGCAGCUUUAGCUACUGAGGUAUCCGAUCUUCUAAUAAAGAUGCUCUGGGCAGCAGCAUUGCUCUGAUUUGAGUUUAAUUUGCUCUUGCUUUUUAAAGAGAUUAUUCCAAAUCAUAAAAAAAAUAAUAGAAAGUUUUUAAAUACUUUUUGUGAUUUUAACUACUGUCUAUAUUUAAAAUGUGUUGGAAUCCAAAGAGGUUGAGGCUUGGAUAGUUUAUUUUUUAUACUGUUUUGAUUGAAAAAAAAAUUGGGUUGUUGGAAACUACUUCUCAGUUUUUUAAAUUGUCGAGGCCUAUGUACUGUAAAACUGAUUGACCAUAACACUUCAUUGCUCUUAAGAGAGGCAUGCAGGAAAAAAAUAAUACUCCUCCCAGCUAAUGGCUGUAUCUAUAUUUUUUUAAAAAUGCAGUAACUGUAAAAGAUGCCCUGUUUAAAGAGGAAUAAGAAACAAAAGUUCAAUGCCAGGGUAGUUUACACUUCAUAAUAAGCAAAAACAUUUAAAAGCUAUCAGUUUUGUUUCAAGAAAUAAAUGUGGAGCUAAAACACCAAUGGGGAUUAAUGUUUCCAGUUGACAUAAUCUUUCUAUUUCUUCUUUAGUGUUGCGCAGGUAAAUGCAUACAAUACAAAGCCUUAAAUAGCUGAAUAUAGCGAAGAUUUUGUUCAGUGUGGGGUCUAGUUCACAGCAAAGGAUUGUGUUUGAGACUUUAUUGGAACAAAAAUCGCUGCAAAUACCUUCCUUUCUUUUCUUUCUUUCUUUGGAGGUUUUGAGCAUUCGUGACUUCUCUCUCGCACUCAUUCUUUCAACUAAUGGAAUCGUUCAUGAUUUUUAUUAAGCUGGUCUUUAAUAUUCACAAACCUUCUUGGAACAUUUGUGUAACAGACACUUCACAUUUCCUGUGUAGGUAGUUGCAUCAUGUUACUUCAUUGAAUUUGUAAAACUUGAAGCCAUAUAAAUAUUAGUUCUGUGUAUAAUGAGGGGUGGGAGAAAUAACAGAAAAUCUAACCUGCUUUUUAGAUCUUGUGUUAUCUCCAUGUAUAAAAUUACAGACUUGUGCUUUUGUAUCAGUGCCAGCUGUAAAUUUUUUUACAUACAGUGGCUGCCUUCUAUGUCUUCCUAUUUUUGAUAAUGCAGAUUGCUGGGAAUUCAGUAAGGAAGUAAAUGAUUAGACGCAAAAAUCGUAUUUGGUUCUACUUUUUUAAAAUUUAAUUUAAUGUUUCUCAUCACCUAAAUGGCAUUUCCACACAUCCAAUAAACCUACCAGUGUAACUGAGAAAGAUGCCGAGGCUGUGUUUGCCCUUGGAUGGAAAACCUUCCAUAUGAAAAGGUAGAUAAACUUACUAAACCUAUACUUGUAAAUUAUUUUUGAGAUGCAAGAUUUACUGGAUGUAUUUUUGGCGUUUUAGUUUUAAUGAUUUAGAGCAAUGGCUUCCAUUUUUAGUUGGAUUUCACAUAGAUUUAAGUUAGGCUUUUGCUGUGUUUAUGCACAGUGGCAAGGGAUGAUUUCAAUUUGAUGCAAUGAUGGGGGGAUCAGGAAGGAAUAAUACCUCUCUGUUACACUGGUAAUGAUCUGAAUGAGAAUGAAUAGAACUCAUGUGUUGACUUAGUUUUCAAUUAACAAGCACUGAAACAUGCAGACUGUUUGGAUUUUUUGUGGGGAGGGGGGUCUGGAGACCUUCACCCUGCGGUGUUGGUAAACCCUCGUCAAACUCUGCAUUUGAAUGGGUACUUGAGGCCAACUGUCCUAUUGAAAGUUUUAAAGUAACUUUUUUUCCACUGUAAAUAUGUGUAUAUAAGCGCAAUUGGAGACUAGAAUAGUAGAGUACUUUUCUGAAUCCAAUCCUAUUUUUAUUUUAUACAGUAUUUCUCAGCUGUGAUCUUUGGAGCAAAAGCCAACGGCAGGAAUAAUAGUUUGUACCAGUUUCAUGAAGUAUGUCUUUUGGUUUUUGUAAAUAAUUUUAACUCGAAUAAAAAUUGCUACUUUCAAUACAUAA